AUGGCCGCCGCCGCAUACGACAGACGGUAUUCGGUCUACAACAAUGAAAAGACACCCCCGCUGGGCACGCGUGAUCGAAGCCAGAGCAUCAGAGUCAGUCACAGCAGCCACGGCACCAGCAGCACAAACACAAGCAUGUCGUCGGGGAAGAUGUCUCAAGCGACCAACAUCACCCAGCCGCCCUCGUACUCCAAGAAGUUUGUCGUCGUGGGCGACGGCGGCUGCGGCAAGACUUGUCUGCUCAUCAGCUACUCACAGCGUUACUUUCCAGAGAAAUACGUCCCUACCGUCUUCGAGAACUACAUCACUCACACGAUCCAUGGCCGGUCAGGAAAGACCGUGGAGCUCGCCCUGUGGGAUACCGCCGGACAGGAAGAGUACGACCGACUGCGUCCGCUCUCGUACCCGGAAACAGAUCUUUUGUUUGUCUGUUUCGCCAUCGACUGCCCAAACUCGCUGGAAAAUGUUAUGGACAAGUGGUACCCCGAAGUGCUCCAUUUCUGUCCCACAACCCCGCUCAUCCUGGUGGGACUCAAAGCAGACCUCCGCAACAAGAGAACGUGCAUUGAGCUUCUCAAGACACAGGGAUUGACCCCAGUUACUCCAGAACAGGGCCAGGCUGUUGCGCAGCGCAUGGGGGCUGCCUAUAUUGAGUGCAGCAGCAAAGAAAUGACAGGUGUCGACGAGGUAUUCGAGCUCGCCGUCAACACCGCCGUUGGCGUUGAAGAUGAGACUUACUCGACCCCUGGCCCCAGCGGCAAAGGUCCUUCAGGCCGCCGCAGGGUCAAGAAGCGUACCUGCAAGAUUCUGUAA